GUGCUGUGAGUGUGUGUCGUGUGAUUGUGACGGGUCCUCCGGAGACCAGACCAGGCUGUGACUGGAGUAAGGGGAUCUCUGGGGGCAGCAGCGCACUUCUUCAGGACGAUUCCCACCGGGUGGGUCAUGUGACCCGGGUCCUCCCUCAGAGUUGGGUGUGAUGGGACAGAAUAAACAGCUUUGAUAUCGGUCGCAUAGAGUGUACUGCAAAGGUUGUCAAAGAUGAACAAACUUCGUCAGAGUUUUCGGCGGAAGAAAGAUGUGUAUGUUCCAGAGGCUAGCCGACCCCAUCAGUGGCAAACAGAUGAAGAAUCUGUCAGGAUUGCAAAAUGUAGCUUUCAAGUUAAGUACCUAGGACACGUGGAAGUGGAUGAAUCCCGGGGCAUGCACAUUUGUGAAGAUGCAGUAAAAAGAUUAAAAUCGGAAAGGAAAUUCUUCAAAGGCUUCUUUUCAAAAACGGGCAAGAAGGCAAUCAAGGCUGUGCUGUGGGUUUCAGCUGAUGGACUCAGAGUUGUGGACGAGAAGACCAAGGAUCUUUUGUUAGACCAAACAAUAGAAAAAGUGUCAUUCUGUGCUCCGGACAGGAAUUUUGACAGGGCGUUCUCCUAUAUCUGUCGUGAUGGGACCACAAGAAGAUGGAUUUGCCACUGUUUUAUGGCUGUUAAGGACACGGGGGAGAGGUUAAGCCAUGCUGUUGGGUGCGCUUUUGCUGCAUGUCUGGAGAGAAAACAAAAACGUGAAAAAGAAUGCGGUGUGACCGCUACCUUUGAUGCCAGCAGAACCACCUUUACCCGAGAAGGCUCAUUUAGAGUUACCACUGCCACAGAACAGGCAGAGAGGGAGGAGAUCAUGAAACAGAUUCAGGAUUCUAAAAAAGGUGUGGAUACAGAACUAAAAAUGGUGGUGUCGGUUGCUUCUUCUGCUGCUACUACAACUACCACUACUACCACUGCUGUUGUGAGCUUAGCCCCUGCUCCAGUGCUGCAACCUUCACCAACAUCUGAAGUUAUUGCAUACCAGGAUGGCAAAGAUACUAACCCACAUGCAAUUCCACGCAGACAUGCCCCUGUUGAACAAUUAGCCAGGCAGGGCUCCUUCAGGGGAUUCCCUGCCCUCAGCCAGAAAAUGUCCCCAUUCAAACGUCAGCUUUCUUUGAGAAUCAAUGAAUUACCAUCAACUGUGCAGAGGAAGACAGACUUCCAAAUCACCAACCCAGUUGCUGAGAUGGAAGGGGAAGUUGACAGCAUCAGCGCCUUGUGCUCCCAGAUAACCAAUACAUUUAGCGCACCAUCAGAAGACCCGUUCACAUCAGCUCCGAUGCCCAAACCAACCACUCCACAGUCUCCACCAUUUGAAGUAAAUGGCACCACUACUGCAUUCACGUUGCCUGCCCCUAAACCUGCACCCGUCACUGUGGCACCCACAGCAGCACCAGUUCGGGAGACCAAUCCAUGGGUGCAUGCGCCUGCUGCUGCUGCCUCACAUGUUACUAGCACAGGAGCAGCACCUGUAGCCACAGUAGUAGGACCUGCUUUCACAUCUAGUUCAGCUGUAGUCCAGUCGAACCACAAGCGAACUCCUUCAGAGGCAGACCGCUGGCUUGAAGAGGUGACUAAAACCGUUAAAUCUCAGCAACGCCAGUCACCUGUUCCUGCCCCAGCCCCUGCCCUGCAGCCUCAGCCAAUACUUCAACCUGUUGCUGCCGCACCAAAUCCUACUCAGUCUUACCCAGCAACUGCAUUUAUUACUCAAUCUACAGUACCAGUUGCCAUAGUUCCCUCUUUACCACCUACCUACAUGUCUGUGCAGCAACCAUACACUGUGGCUAAUGGAAUGAGCUAUGCAGCCCCCAGUGUUCCUGUUGUUGGCAUCACACCUUCACAAAUGGUUGCUAAUGUGUUCGGAGCUGCAGGUCACCCCCCUGUAUUUCAGCAGAAGCCUUCACCAGGUCUGGUCAAACAGCAGACAUUCCCUACAUACGAGACAAACAGCACUACUAGCAGCCCCUUCUUCAAGCCAGCUGCAAGGCAGCAGAAUGGUUCAGUGGCAUUCAAUGGAGUAGAGAGCAGUGGCUGGGAUUUGGGUGCCAAGCAAGGGCCACCAUCAACUUCAACUAUUGACCCAUUUGAAGCCCAGUGGGCUGCUUUAGAAAGCAAAUCAAAGGCUCGUGGAAACCCAUCACCGACAAACCCUUUCUCCAGCGAUCUCCAGAAGACGUUUGAAAUAGAACUAUAAAGAAGCGGCUAACCAAUUACAGACUGGCCCAAGGAUUCCGACACAUUUUGCCAUACAAUUUAUAUGGGAUAUAUAGGAAAAGGACCAAUGAUGGACAUGAAAACUGCAGUACUCACCAAAUCUGUAUUCAGUGGAGACCUGUGAGGAGAAAAUCCAAUGCUCUUCCUCCCGAUCAGUCAUAGGCUUCCCAAACACAGCAAGUCAGAGAAGAUUUUUUUUAUUGUGGUCAUGAAGUUGAAAAGUUAAAAUGUACUUUUUCAGAAUAGAAACAUGGCCACAAACAAGAGACGUGACUCUCUGCAAAGCAGUAUAGCAGUGCCUGAGCUUCCACAACAAAACAAGAGAAUAUAUAUGUGUAUAUAUAAAAAUAUCUAGGGGGGGUAUAAUACUUGGGGAUAUGUUCAUCCCUGGUCUGCUCGGUACAUAGGGUUGUAUUGCACGUCAGAUCACUGAAUUGCAGCCCUUUACUGUCAGAUAAGGGAAUAAAGCCAAAAUCUUUAUUUUUAUGCAUUACAAAUAUUUUAAAUAGUCUUGGGUUAAUUAAUGGUUGUAUAAGUUUGUAAGUAAUCUUGCCAAAGGUUAAAAUAAAAGUUUGGAUUUUCAGUUGCUAGUAACUGUAUAUAAUUGAUUUAGCUGCUAAUUCUUACAUUAAAAAAAAAAACUGGACUGCCUGUGGUUUUAUCUUUUAUUUGGUAUGCGUCACCUGCAGCUGUAAGUAGCACAUGGGUUAAAGAGAAUCAAUGCUUUUCAAGAAAGGGGCAAAGCAACAGGUUCAAUUGUAAUGGCUGCUCUAUCAGCAGCGUAUUCUCUGCUUUUCCAUUCUUCCUUCAGGAGUAAAGAAUUGUCCCUGGGUGAGCUGCAGGUCAGGACAUGGAGCUCACAUAGGGCUGAAGAUUCUUACCCCUCCCUCAUGUGGGAGCUCAAUUCUCCCAUCACUUUUAUGUCGGAGGAAGGGGAGUGAGUUGCAUGCUCCCCUAUACCUGGAAGUACUGGGUAUAUUUCACUUCUGACAGCUGAUUUGAGAGGUGGGGGAAUAAAGGCAAGUGGAAGCAGCUGCAGGCACCAAUAAUAAAGGGAACCUGUUGCUUAUCCCUGCAUGAGAACUGAUUCACUUUAGUCAUAAGCAGUGUAAUAGGUUGUUGUAUGGGGAAAGGGCAAAUUAAAGAACAGUAUUUGCGUGGUUUAAAAGCCAAUGCAGACCUGUCUUUUUAUUUUCUUUACACAAUUCUAUAUUGCCUAAAAUAUAUAUAUAUAUAUGUAUUACCUAUGUAUAAAUGUUGUUACUUUUUGACAAAAUGCUGGUCUUGUUUUAUAUGUUUUAUAUAUAUUUUAUAUAUUAAUAUAUAUUUUAUCAUAUAUAUUAAUAUAUACAGCUUAGAGUUUUAAUACCACUAUGAUCUAAAAUGCACAGUAUAUCUACUUAUAAAGCCUUUUUUUUUUAUUUGCCAUGUUUUUCCCCCAUUUUUGUGUUUCUCUUCUGUUCAUUGCUUCAUGCUAUACCUCAGAUCACAGAGAAUCAUCUUUAUCUGUGUUGGUCUUAGUUAUAUAUGUGUAUAGUUGUACAGAUUUACCAAAAAUAAACUUUGGUGGUGGAAAAUGACUUUCUCCCUAAAUCUUU